UUGGACGCCCUCAGAGUCCCACAGUUCUGUGCACAGGAUGUAAGUGAAGAACUGGGGGCUCCGGGCACAGGAUCCGCAACUUCAGGCAAAGAGGGAAGCAGGGUUCUGUGAGCAACACAGGCCGAGGCCGGGGAGGAGGCCGGGGAGGAGGCCGAGGCCUGGGUUCCCAGUUCUGUAAUUAAUUAACUAAAGUGGAUCAAAUGAAGAGGUGAAAGUUCACACAGGAGUCGGGCACUCCUGUCAUCUCGGACUGGGUCCCCAUCCCACCACCAGUGUCUGGGUCUAUGCGGAGUCCACAGGGGCCUUGUGAAGAAUCAGCGAGGCGGGGUCCAGAGGAGUCACGUGUCCCUCCCACUUCAGGUCGCCCAGUCAGGAUGGGGAUGCCCCAGGCCUGGGUCCUCAGCCUCUUGCUGGUCCUCCUGCCUCGGACCUGGGGUGCAGAGACCCGUCCCCCACUGCUGUACCACCUUACAGCUGUGUCCAACCCAUCCAAGGGGGUUCCCUCCUUCUGGGCCACGGGCUGGCUGGGGCCUCAGCAGUAUCUGAGCUACAGCAGCCUGCGGCGGGAGGCUGUGCCCUGCGGGGCCUGGAUGUGGGAAAAUCAAAUGUCCUGGUAUUGGGAGAAGGAGACUGUGGACCUGAAAAGCAAAGAACAGCUCUUCUUGGAGGCCAUCAGAACCCUGGAAGACCACCAUAUCGAUGUACUUAAAGGUAACUACACACUGCAGGGCCUGCUGGGCUGCGAACUGGCCCCCGACAAUUCCUCAUUGCCCACGGCUGUGUUCGCCCUCAAUGGCGAGGAGUUCAUGGAGUUCAAUCCAAGAAUUGGCAAUUGGACUGGGGAGUGGCCUGAGACAGAGAUGGUUGGAAAUCUGUGGAUGAAGCAGCCUGAGGUGGCCAGGAAGGAGAGUGAGUUCCUGCUGACUUCCUGUCCUGAGCGGCUGCUAGGCCACCUGGAGAGGGGCCUUCAGUACCUGGAGUGGAAGGAGCCACCCUCCAUGCGCCUGAAGGCCAGUCCUAGCGACUCCGGCUCCUCCAUACUGACGUGUGCUGCCUUCUCCUUCUACCCCCCGGAGCUGAAGCUACGAUUCCUGCGGAACGGGCUGGCCGCAGGCGCUGGGAACAGCAGCAUUGGUCCCAACGGUGAUGGCUCUUUCCACGCCUGGUCACUGCUGGAGGUCAAAAGAGGAGAUGAACACCAUUACCAAUGUCACGUGGAACAUGAGGGUCUGCUACAGCCUCUCACUGUGGACCUAGAUUCACCAGCCAGAUCUUCCGUGCCGGUGGUUGGAAUUAUUCUUGGUUUCUUGGUGAUCAUAGUGGCUGCUGCAGGGGGUGUGCUGCUGUGGAACAGGAUGCGCAGUGGGCUGCCAGCCCCAUGGCUUUCCCUCAGCGGCGAUGACUCAGGUGACCUGCUGCCCGGUGGGAACUUGCCCCCUGAGGCUGACCCUCAGGGUGCAAAUGCCUUUCCAGCCACUUCCUGAUGCCAACUCAGGCCGCCAAUACCCAUUGCGGCAUUUGGUGCUGUGUGACUUCCUGAACUCCUGGCAUCUCUGAGCCUCCUGAGGGAGCCCUGGGCCGGAUGUCCUCCCUUGGACCUCUCCUUUUGUGGCCUGCCUCAGUUUCCCCUUCUAAUGAAUAUGGCUCUUUUCCAUCUCCACAUAAAAUUUGGACCCAAA